AUGCAGGCGUGUUUGUUUGGUGGCACAGGGGGGGGAAGGGACCGCCCCGACCUGCUCUCGGGCUCCGACGACCGUACGGUUAAGAUCUGGGACUACCAGACCAAGACGUGCGUGCAGACCCUCGAGGGGCACACCAACAACGUCUCCGCCGUGCUCUUCCACAAGCGCCUCCCCAUCAUCGUCUCCGCGGGGGAGGAUGGCACCAUCCGCCUGUGGCACUCGACGACGUACCGCGCGGAGACGACUCUGAACUACGGCAUGGAGAGGGUAUGGGCCUUGGCUGCCUCCCCCGACAACAACAAGGUGGCGAUCGGCUUCGACGAGGGGACGGUGGUGCUCAAGCUCGGGCACGAGAUGCCGGUGGCCUCCCUGGACACGCACACGGGCAAGGUGGUGUGGGCCCUCAACAGCGAGAUCCAGACCACCUCCCUCAAGGGGCUGGUGGGCGACGGGUCCGACGUGAAGGACGGGGAGCGCCUUGCGAUCGUGCCGAAGGGGAGGUUGAGCUACUACAUCGGGGGGGAGACGAUGACCCUGUGCCACUUGGAGCACCCCAUGUACAUGCUGGGCUACCUGCCUAAGGAGGACCGGGUGUACCUCAUGGACAAGCAGCAGAACAUCUACAGCUACCGCGUGCGCCAGGCCAUGCUGCAGUACCAGACCGCGGUCGUGCGGAAGGACUUCGAGACGGCCAACUCCAUCCUCCCCUCCAUCCCCAAGGGAGAGUACACCGCCGUCGCCCGCUUCCUCGAGAGCCAGGGCUUCAAGGACGAGGCGUUCCAGGACCUGGGUGGGCUGCUGCUGCUGCACUCCUCGACGGGGAACCGGGAGGGCAUGCUGGCCCUGGCCGAGGACGCCCGCAAGGCCGGCCGCACGAACGUCGCCUUCCUGUCGCUCUUCGUCUGCGGGAAGGUGGAGGAGUGCCUAGAGCUGCUGGUUAGCGCCGGACGUGUCCCCGAGGCGGCUUUCAUGGCGAGAACCUACCUGCCCUCGGCGAUGGGCAGGCUGGUGGAGCUCUGGAAGAAGGACCUGGCCACUGUCUCGGCGAAGGUGUUGUUGCUGGUGGCUGUGGUGUUGGUUGUAGCGUUGAUGUGGUGUUGUAUGCUGUUAAGUUGGUGA